CUCAGUCUUUUGCUGUACAGACCUGCGCAGCUAUUGCUGUCCAACGGCGGACUGAUAGUCUAGUUUGGCUUCAGCUGUCACUUCCUUCCAAAUGAAGGACGGCAAGGAGAACUCUAACACCACUGCUGGAAGUUUUGCCACAAAUCUGGACCACACAAAACCAUGCUGGUACUGGGACAAGAAGGACCUGGCCCACACCCCGUCCCAGUCCGAUGGCAUGGAUCCAGCCACAGAAGCCCGGUACAGACGAGAGGGAGCCCGGUUCAUAUUCGACGUCGGGACACGUCUGGGACUACAUUAUGACACUCUGGCAACUGGAAUAACAUACUUUCAUCGUUUUUACAUGUUUCAUUCAUUCAAACAGUUUCCCAGAUAUGACGGCAAGGAGAACUCUACCGCCGCUGCUGGAAGUUUUGCCACAAAUCUGGACCACACAAAGCCAUGCUGGUACUGGGACAAGAAGGAUCUGGCCCACACCCCGUCCCAGUCCGAUGGCCUGGAUCCAGCCACAGAAGCCCGGUACAGACGAGAGGGAGCCCGGUUCAUAUUCGACGUCGGGACACGUCUGGGACUUUUGGACAUAGUACCCCAGUGUUUUAUUAGCAUGUUUGUGUGUAUUUCCAGUCUCUGCACAAUGCUGUCCCUUCAGUGGGAGACAGAGAUCAUAGCAGUGGCAGUCAUGUACCUCGCCGGCCGGCUGUGUAAGUUUGACAUUCAGGAGUGGACGUCUAAGCAGUCGUCUCGCCGCUGGUGGGAGCAGUUUGUGCAGGAUGUGCCGGUGGAGCUGCUGGAGGACAUCUGCCACCAGAUUCUGGAUUUGUACUCUCAGGGUAAGCAGCCGAUACCCCAGCAGCCUCAGAUACAGGACAAAGAGAAACCUCCACCCCCUCCUGCUGCUCAGCCUGGCCAGUCAGGGGGGCAGAACCCACCUGCUCAACCUCCCUCCAAAAAAAACUCCCCCCAGGCCAGCCCACCCGCCAAGAUUAAACGACAACAUGUCUCUCCUAAAGACGAACCUAAAGCCCCAACAGAGCAAGUUGGAUCUAAGAUACCACGCCUGGAGAGUCCUAUGCCCCCUCUUCCUGUGUCCCAACCCCUAGAUCGUAAGGCUCCAUCUGCCAUCCCAGCUCCUCCCGCUGAAGCAGAACCGGCCACAUCAGCUGACAUGGAUCCAGCACAGGGCCCGGCUCCUCCUCUGCCGCACGGGGCCCCGCCCCCUUUGCCUCACCGCCCGCCACCCCCUCCUCCCUCCAGCUAUAUCAUGGGAAUGUCCACGUCCAGUUCGUACAUGUCCGGCGAGGGAUAUCAGAGUCUGCAGUCCAUGAUGAAGACUGAAGCGCCCUCCUAC